CUCCACGCAGCGAACCGCUCCCUGAUCAGACAGCCUUUAAACGCUCUUUAUCUCCGACCAGCGACAAAGGAUAUCGUGAUCUCGUGCCCGUGCUCGUGCCCGCGCCCGUGCUACGACCUCUCGUUAUUUGCCGCGAGUUCCUUCCGCGCGCCGGUUCAUCGACGCUACUUCCGGUUAAAGUGAACAGUAAUAGCGUUUGAAAGAGUGCAGAGUUGAUCCUGGGAUGAAAGACGUUGAAGUUCGGUGAACGUUUAAAAACAGAUUCGGGAUCGAAAGCGGAAAAUCGUGUUGAAGGGUGGUUGUCGACAGUGUACGUUGGUCGAAUCGCGAGGAAACGAGAGGGAGUUUUCUUCGGUGGAUAACUGGUAAUUAAACGGUCGAGGAAAAGGAGAGAAAGGAAAGCGGAAAUGGCCGGCGGGCUAGCUGUUACGCGUGGCAAUUAUGUUGAGCGGCCAAUUAGCAAUUAACCGACGAGAGCAGCGGAGCGGCCCCUUAAUUGCGGCUAGGCACAACAACAACAACGAGAGAAGGAAGAAGAGAACCAAGGUGGAGGCGGAGGUGGAGCGACCGAGUGAACGGGCGGAAGCGCAAGGUACAUCAGAACCAUCUCACGCGCCAUUUACUCCCGAUUCUCGCUUCGAAAUCGACCAAGAACUUCCUUGAUCUUCCGUUUAAUUAAUCCGAGACGGCACGAUCGAACGAACCGACAGGAAUGUUGAGGGCGAAGCGACACCGGGAAAAGUUCCAACGGUCCACCGGAGGAUAUCGCUCGAGGAUACAGUGAAGUGCGGUUGCUAGCCGGUCAAGGAAUAUUACGCGAACGCGCUCGAGUUCCUGAAGAAACGCGACGCGGUCACCGUCGGCAAGAUUCUGUCUCCCAGGUACCGGGCGAGUCCUGGGGUGGCGACAGAGGCACCUGCAGGUGCCCGUAGCCCGAACGAACCACCUACCUGUACCGUGAUGACGGUCCAUCAUCAUCAGAACCACCACGUGGCGGCUCUGAGCGGCGUCACCGUGGCCAAUAACGGUCUCAACCUGAGCAGGAUGUCCGGCCUGGAGGCGCAUCGGCUCGAGAACAUCGCCGAGAGGAACGGCGUCAGCGUAGGCCGAUUGUCCAACGGACUGGACGCUAGGAACAACAAUCACGGUGGGAACAACGGUUUGGAGCGCGGCGACGCUUCGACGACGAUGCCGCAGAGAUCUCGUUUCAUGAUCACCGAUAUCUUGGGGGGAGCCUCGAGCAAGAUGCACCAGGCGGGUCUGCAGACGCAGGAAUCACCCGGUAGUCCUCCGUCGACGCCCAGGGACCUUAGUGUCAGACACCAGUCGAGGACGUCGUUGAGCAACAGUAACCUCGACGAGGAUAGCGACGCCAGUCACCACGAUGGCGCUUCCGUUACUUCCAAUGGUGGCAAGGAGGACGACCCGAAAGGUUCAUCGUCGGGUACCUUGGGGUCGGCGCAAAGCAAGAAACAACGAAAAGCGCGCACAGCGUUCACGGAUAAUCAACUGCAAACCCUGGAGAAGAGUUUCGAGCGACAAAAGUAUCUGAGUGUACAGGAUAGGAUGGAACUAGCAGCGAAACUGCACCUGACCGACACCCAAGUCAAGACGUGGUACCAGAACAGAAGAACAAAAUGGAAGAGGCAGACGAUCGUGGGUUUCGAGAUCAUGGCGGAGAACAAUUUCGCGGUGGCGGCGUUCCAGCAAUUGUACGGAAGCGGUGGCGUCCCGGCAGCAGCGGUCGCCGCGCAUCCUGCGGCAGGGCGAUAUUGGCCAUACCUGAAUGCACACGCGCUACCGACCAACGGUCUCUUCUACCAACAAGCAUCCGCGGCUGUGACACUACAGAAACCUCUAGCUUACAGGCCGUACCCACCGACGAUGAUCCUGGCAGGACCCAGCAAUCCUCUAGGUACGUUAUCGGCCAGCUCUAGUCUAUCGAACCUGAGCAACUACUACCGAGACAGUCCGGACAUGGUCGAAGGAAGAGAAAGAGAGAACCUGGACAGAUCGUCGAGGCAAAGAGACAGAAGCAGAAGUCCCGUGAUAAGGGACAGGUCGCCGUUGAGGAAGGAAGAAAGACUGUACACGCCGACGAUGGUCCAGGCAGGAUCGAGUAACACUAUCGGAACGCUGACCGCGAGUUCCAGUCUCUCGAACCUGAGCAAUUACUACAGAGACAGCCCCGAAGUGGCGGAGAACAGAGACAGGGAGAACAUGACCCGAGUACCUAGACAGAGGGAUAGGAGCAAGAGUCCGGUGUUGAGAGAACGAUCUCCCGUGCGCAAGGACGAAAGACUUUAUCCGGCUAGCAUGCUCCAGCCGGGUCCUAGCAACACCAUCGUGACGGGGAAUUCGGGUCUUCCGAUGGCCAACUACUACAGGGACAGCCCCGAGAGGGAGAACCUUAACAGGGCGAGCAGACAGAGGGACAGGAGCAACAGUCGCGACCGAUCGCCGAUGCAGAGAGAGGACAGUCCUCAGAGCAUAAGGGCGGACAGCGACGAAGAGAGUAUACACGAUAUCUAGGACAUAGAGGACGAAGAACUGGAGGAAUCGAGGGAACCGUCUUCUUGCGACCAGAUUGAAGAGGAUGAAUCAGGCUCCGUCGAAGAGGAUGGUUAAUCCUUGCAGUUUGCUCGAGGGUGUCUCGAGUUCCUCGCGUCGAGGCAGCUAAGAGGUCGAUGCGCGCGAAAAUCACCCCUAGGUGAUCGAUACCUAACUUCGACGCUAGUUCAUCGCGAUGUCGUGGUCUCGAUCGCGGAUUCGUAUCGAGCGAUGUCGCGAACUCGACCCGUCGAUAUUUCAGCACGCGAUAUCGUUGACGCUCGAACGUUGCUCGGAGCAAUCGAAUCUGACAGCGAACGUGUUAAAUUCGACGCCAUUGACAUGAAAUUAGCACGGAAUGGUCGAUUUCGUGAGGUGGAACACAGGAAAUGACACGGCACGGGACGUCCGGAUUUCCUAGAUAAUGAGAACACGCGGAGGAAGCACUGUGUGGUUAACCAAAGUUUGUGAUUCGAACGGUUCGUUAGUGAAUGAACAGGGUUAUGGUGAAUCAGUAUUUAAUGCUCGAUUGUGAUGGUUGUGUACUCAACAAUGAAUUAUUAUGGAUAAACUGGGGACUGCGGAUCUUUAUGCAAAUAUGUAUACGUCUUUUUACUAAAUACAAUUUGCAUAAAAAAAUUAAACAACCAGUGUUCAGCAUCCGAGUAUCAUUUACGCAUUCCCCGCAAUUUAUUCCGUUUUAUUAUACACACAUAAAGUUAACGUUCUCUUCGCGUACUCUGAUAUGCCAUAAA